UUCACCACACCGGUGUCGAUGGAAUUUUUCCGCCCCAACAUUGUCAUCGCUAAUAGUGAACCACUGGACGAAGGCCAAUGGGAAAACAUUCGCAUAGGCGACGCUGUUUUCUCGGUGCUUUCACCUGAUGCACGCUUCAUCCAACAAAAUUUUGACGUGGUCAACCAAGACUGGAGGUACCAGGUUGAGUACUUCAAGCCUCUGGGUCAGCUGAUCACCCUGCCGGCUUCAUGCUACAAUGCCAGUUACGGCGUGUUGGCCAAGGUCAUUCAGGAGGGUGACAUCAAUGUGGGUGACCCGGUCUAUGUGACAUACAGGCUUUAGGAAGUAGAUUUUAUCAGGUGUAUGUGACAUACAGGCUUUAGGAAGUAGAUUUUAUCUGGUGUAUGUGACAUACAGGCUGUAGGAAGUAGAUUU